GGCUUCAAGAUGGCGCAGGCGAUCUUUGAGGCCCUGGAGGGGAUGGACAAUCAGACUGUUCUGGCUGUCCAGUCAUUGUUGGAUGGCCAAGGAGCAGUCCCUGAUCCAACAGGCCAGAGUGUCAGUGCACCCCCUGCUAUCCAGCCACUGGAUGAUGAGGAUGUCUUUCUCUGUGGGAAGUGUAAGAAGCAGUUCAACUCGCUGCCAGCAUUUAUGACCCAUAAGCGGGAACAGUGCCAGGGGAAUGCCCCUGCCCUGGCCACAGUCUCGUUGGCCACCAACAGCAUCUACACACCGUCAGCAGCACCCACAGCAGUCCAGCAGGCCCCACCUCCUGCCAAUCGCCAGAUCUCCACAUACAUCACGGUGCCCCCAUCCCCACUGAUCCAGACACUGGUGCAGGGGAACAUCUUGGUGAGCGAUGAUGUGCUCAUGUCUGCCAUGUCAGCCUUCACGUCCCUGGACCAGCCUAUGCCCCAGGUUCCCCCACCUGUGCAGAGCAGCCUGAACAUGCAUUCUGUGCCCAGCUACCUCACCCAGCCUCCACCACCUCCUCCACCCCCUCCACCACUGCCCCCACCCCCACCCCCCCAGCCCCCACCACCCCCACCCCAAAGCUUGGGCCCCCCUGGGCGUCCCAACCCUGGUGGGAAUGGCGGGGUGGAGGUAUACAGUGCUGCUGCACCACUGGCUGGGAGUGGAACCGUGGAGAUCCAGGCGUUGGGGAUGCAGCCCUACCCACCGUUGGAGGUGCCAAACCAGUGUGUGGAGGCUCCAGUGUAUCCGACCCCUCCAGUGUACAGCCCCGGCAAACAGGGAUUCAAACCAAGAGGACCAAACCCCACUGCCCCCCUGACCAGCGCCACCGGGGGCACAGUGGCCACCUUUGACUCCCCACCAACGCUGAAGACCCGACGGGCUAAAGGUGCCAGGGGACUCCCGGAAGCUGCUGGGAAGCCAAAGGCUCAGAAACUCAAGUGCUCAUACUGUGACAAAUCAUUCACCAAAAACUUUGACCUGCAGCAGCACAUCCGAAGCCACACUGGUGAGAAGCCCUUUCAGUGCAUUGCAUGUGGCCGUGCCUUUGCCCAGAAAUCUAAUGUCAAGAAACACAUGCAGACUCACAAGGUGUGGCCUCCAGGGCGCAGUGGUGGCACCGUUUCUCGUAACUCUGUGACUGUACAGGUCAUGGCCCUGAACCCCAGCAGGCAAGAAGACGAGGAAAACACAGGGUUGGGCCAGCCCCUGCCAAGUGUGCCACAGCCCCAGGCCUUGCCCACGGGUGAGGAUGAGGGAGACAAGCUGGAGCCCAAGCAGGUGGUCCUCAUUGACAGCUCCUACCUGUGCCAGUUCUGCCCUAGCAAGUUCAGCACCUACUUUCAACUUAAGUCCCACAUGACCCAGCAUAAGAACGAGCAGGUAUACAAGUGUGUGGUCAAGAGCUGUGCCCAGACAUUCCCAAAGCUUGACACAUUUCUGGAGCACAUCAAGAGCCACCAGGAGGAGCUGAGCUACCGCUGCCACCUCUGUGGCAAGGACUUCCCCUCACUAUACGACCUGGGUGUGCACCAGUACUCCCACAGCCUCCUGCCACAGCACAGCCCCAAGAAGGACAGCGCUGUCUACAAGUGUGUCAAAUGUGUCAACAAAUACUCCACUCCUGAAGCCCUGGAACACCACCUGCAGACCGCCACUCACAACUUCCCCUGCCCACACUGCCAGAAGGUGUUUCCUUGUGAACGCUACCUGCGGCGUCAUCUGCCCACCCAUGGCAAUGGGGGCAGGUUCAAGUGCCAGGUAUGCAAGAAGUUCUUCCGGCGGGAGCACUACCUCAAACUGCACGCUCAUAUCCACUCAGGUGAGAAGCCCUACAAAUGCUCAGUGUGUGAGUCUGCGUUCAACCGCAAGGACAAACUGAAGAGACACAUGCUGAUCCAUGAGCCCUUCAAGAAAUACAAAUGCCCCUUCUCGACACACACUGGCUGCAGUAAGGAGUUCAACCGGCCGGACAAGUUGAAGGCUCACAUCCUCUCUCACUCUGGCAUGAAGCUCCAUAAAUGUGCCCUGUGUAGCAAGUCCUUCAGCCGCCGUGCCCACCUCGCCGAGCACCAGCGCGCCCACACAGGCAACUACAAGUUCCGCUGUGCUGGCUGUGCCAAGGGCUUUUCUCGCCACAAGUACCUCAAGGAUCAUUGCUGCCGCCUUGGCUCCACAAAAGACAAGGACCUGCAAGCCCGACGGCCCUCCCGGAGGAGGGCAGCUCCCCGCAGCAGCAGCAGUGGUGGGCACAAGGUAGUUACCCCCUUGCCUGACCCGCUGGAGCUGGAGGAGCUGAAGGACACAGGGACUGGACCAGUGCCUGAGGCUGCCCCAGGCAAGCCGCCCUUCACGGAGCCAGAUGCUGUCUUGUCCAUCGUGGUGGGUGGUGCAGUGGGUGGAGAACCUGAGUUAGUGGUGCCUGGACAUGCAGAAGGGUUGGGCUCCAACCUGGCGCUGGCAGAGCUGCAGGCUGGGGGCGAGGGCCCAUGUGCCAUGCUUGCUGUACCUGUCUACAUCCAGGCCUCAGAAUGAUGGGCCUGGGAUGUUUGCUCCCAUAGGUUGGCCUAAUAUUUACAUUGGGCCCAGGGCUUCUGGGGGAAGACUAGAGAUCUUUCCCUGUGGAAGGAAGCAGAAGUCCUUUUGAAUGUCAUUCAUAGACCAUGGCCUGUGGCACGCUCCUGUGUUCCUUGUCCUGCUGGAAAGCUCUGCAGCAUUCUGGGGGUCUGGGGCAGGACUGCCUAUGGUCUCUGGAUGGUGCAAUGGCAGAGAGAUAGUCUGAACCUGAGCAGCCCAGGGUCUGGCUGGUCUGGGCUGGGGGUUGGGUCACCUAAGAUAGAAGAAAGGAUGGUCCCAGAUACUCUACCUCCAGGCUGCCUUGGGAUGGCUUCUGGCCAGCUGCUCUUCAGGAAGCCUGACAUGGCCAGAGUCCUUAUCUGUUGGACUUUUUCACAGACAGUUCCUCACAGCGUCCUUAGACAACUCUGUGAUGAAGACUUUUAGGAGCACUCAGGUAUCAUGGCUAGAGUGCAGCUAUAAACCAUAUCUGGCUUCAAAUCCAAGAAUUGCCACACACUUGCUGUGUGAUCUUGGGAAGGUCACUUCACCUCUCUGAUCCCUGUGUUUCUCAUCUGCACAGUGGGGCUUAUGAUAGUACUACCUCAUAGGGUUGUCAUGGGGACCCAGGAUGAUGAAAUGUGCAAAGGGCUGGCAUGGUGCCCAGCAUUUAGAAAGUACUCAGUAAACAUGUCCAAAUGGCUCAGGCCUGAGCCUUGGCAGUUUCUUUCUUAGCUCCUAGGUGGCAGCACUAAAGCACGUGGGGCUUGAGAGGGUCCCAUGCCCCCUUACACACCAACAGCCAUGAGGAGGUUAUCAAGGAGGGAGCCGGUUUGGUGCUCCCAGGACAGUUAUUACAGAACGUGGUCCAUGAAAACAUGGACCAUGGAAACACUCAAGGGAAGGGGUUUAUACUCGCUUGUGAAAAUUCACCUAAGCCUCACCUCAAACCUUUUGGAAUCAAACUGACCAAAGCCAGAAGUCCUCAGGCAAGUGGGUGUCCGUAUGAUCCUCUAUGCCCCCAUGUCUGGCACCCCUUGCCGUUAGUCCAGGUGGGAGGCAGGAAGGACAAAAGGGGCCUUGACCAGUAUUUCCCUGUUUAUCUUCACAGCCACUCUCUGGGCCACAUUACUUCUGUUAUAGGAAAAGGGACAUGCCAGGGUAGUCUGACUCAGAUUGACAGACUGAGUGUCUUUGAAGGCUGGCAUGACCCUCAGACAUCUGUGUUGUGACCCAAGGUUGGAUUUCAGAGCUAGGACUGACUUCCCAUAUCCUCAGGAAGGUUAUGAAGUACCAAGAGGGACAAGUUGAUGGGGUUGAGUGAAGUCUUUUAAGUGUAACAGUCUUCAAACAAGCCAGAAGAGGAUUCGUGACAGGAAGUCUCGGAGGGGAUGCCAUUUGGGAGGGACCUUGGCAUGAAGUGCUUUGAUACAUAGUUAGGGGAAGGCAUGCCAGGUAAGAUUAAGGCACCAACAAAGACCCCGAGCUGUGAUGGUGCAGAACCAGUCAUGUUCUGGGGCCAGCAAAUGGCCCAGGGUGACCAGAAGUUUUGAAGGAAUAGUUGGAUAAUAAUUGCUGAUUUUUCAAGUCUUCUCUGUGUGAUGGACACUGUCACAUUGCCUCAGCCUAUCAUGUAGAUGCUAUUACUUUCCUUAUUUUACAGAUGAAGACGAGUAGGCACAGAGAGGCCAAGUUCCUUGCCCAAGCUCACACAGUAAGCCACAAAGCUUGGAUUCAAGACAGCAUGGCCUGCCUGCAGGUGCUCUUAGCCACUUUGCUCUAUUGAAAUAAGGGUUAAUAUAAAAAAAAAAGAGAGAGAGAGAUCUUUGAAUGUUGGCUUAGGAAAUUUGUACUUCAUUCUCUGUAUAAG